AAGGAAAUAACCUCCAGAGAGGACAAGCAACGGGUUGGGUCGUUUCUUUCUGGGGAUGAAUUGUCUCAUUUGUUUGAGCUCGUAAAACCUUUUAAUAAUCUUGUCAAGAUUUAGACGCAUAGUGUCUGAAAUUAGGACACAAUGCCCACUUGAAUUGGCAGUAACAACUUCAAAUCACUUAUUUUGGAUUAGAGUAUUGUGAUCAAUCUGAUGUUGGUUUUUUAUACAGAGUAUAAAGCCUUGCUUGCCUCAUCUGGAGCGCCCGCCCAUUGGGCUUUCUGCGGAGCGAUAGUGGAGAGAUUGAUUAUAAGGUCUACGGGAUUUGUCGUGGAAAAAAACAGAGCCUGCUUGGACUGCUUGCUCGUGAUUUUGUGCUCCCAUCAGUGAAGGAGAAGGAAAAUUAUCCGGGACUUAUUCCAGUCUGACUCCCAAAACCGUCAGCACUCCCCGCCCCCCUUCGGGUAUCCAGAUACGCAGGAGUCACGCCGGACUUUUAGUUUUUACUGAGGAGGCUGCGAGUGCGAAUCGCCUCCGCAGUCUCGGAUGCGUAGUGAGCCGGUGCUGCGAGUGAGUGGGUUGGGUCGCCUAGGCGCCGGGCAUACGCACACUUCAUCGUCAGCGAUAAAAGCAGAUAGGUGAGGGUAAAGGCGAGAGGAAACGACAUCCAAGGCUUUUAUUUUUUAUUUUUUUUAAACAGAAGGACGUUGUAGAGAGACCUCCUUAUUUUCUGAUUCAGGACCAGCAGCUGACCACACUGUCAGACUCCACCGGCUUCUCAUCUAAAAGGAGGGGAUAUUAAAAGUGGAUCAGCGGAGCAACACACACAUACAAUGGCAACCGGUGCGCUCCUUCUAGUCUGUGCGCUGCUUGCCGGUGUUGCUGUGGCUCAGCGAGUGGUAACGGUGCAGAGUGGGCCGCUCGUACGGACUGAAGGCUCACACGUGACCAUCUGGUGCAACGUGACGGGCUACAAAGAGGGGACGGAGCAGAACUUCGAGUGGUCCAUGUACCUCCCUUCAGUACCAGACCGGGAGAUUCGCAUUGUGAGCACAGCUACGAAAAACUAUGCCUAUGCUGUAUAUUCCCAGAGGGUGACUAGUGGGGAGAUCUUCGUGGAGAAGCUGAGCAGUGACUCAGCUGUGCUGCACAUCACCAAAGUGCAGGCCAAGGACCAAGGUCUGUUUGAGUGUUACACACCCAAUACAGACGGGCGGUACCUGGGAUCCUACAGUGCACGCACCAACCUCACUGUUAUUGCUGACUCUUUGACGGUAACGGCUCCGGCCCAGACUCUGUCCAAAGUGGAAGGCGACACGCUACAGCUUACCUGCGAGGUGUCUCGGACCACAGUGCAGCACACUCACUUGUCAGUAGGCUGGUACUUAAGGUCCCCAGAGGACCCAACCGCCCCGCCUCAGGAGUUAGUCACAUUGUCAAGAGACUUCGUUUUGCGCUCUGGGGCGUAUCGGCAGAGAAUGGCAGCAGGGGACCUCAGGCUGGAUAAAACUGGCGCUACAGCCUACAGGCUGACCAUUCACAAGCUGCAGCCAGUCGACCAGGGGCUGCUCUACUGCCAGGCUGCUGAGUGGAUUCAGGACCCAGAUGGAAGCUGGUUUGCUAUGACCCGCAAGCAGAGCGACAAGACUCAGCUCCGUAUUCAGCCCACUGACCGAGAUUUCAGCAUCCAGGUGAGCACGGAGCGACGGUCCUUCACGGCCGGUGAGCCGCUGGAGCUUCGCUGCACCAUUGAGGCGCAGAAUGUCCCCGAGCGUUUCUUCUCGGUGUCGUGGGUCUUCAGCAGCUCACCGGUGGCCGUGGUGGGCCCCAGUGCCGUGCCUACUCUGGGCCCCGAUUAUGUCGCCCGGGAGGCCGCCGGUCAAAUGACAGUGCGCAAAGAGAGCGUCAACGUGCACCUGCUCAAGCUGCAGCAUUUGCGCCCUGAAGAUGCCGGGAAGUAUAUCUGCCGCGUAACAGAGCGGGAGAAGACGCCCACGGGUGACUUCAUCGACCGCAGCAAGAGAUCCCGCAAUGUCCAGAUCACAGUCCAGGCACUGAAGAGCAACAUCACAGUGUUCUUGUCCAGUAACUCCUCAGUGGUCCUAGAGGGUGACGUGAUCCAGCUGACCUGCACAGUCCACGCUACCACGGGCCCCGUGUCUGUUGCCUGGCAGUGGACAGACAGCAAAACGGCUUCACUGACCAAGGAAGUGGCGUCCAUUGAUCGGGAUGGCACAAUAUGGCAUAGCCCCAGCUACAGAGAGCGUGCCAGUUAUGGGGAGAUACGCGUGGAGAAGGUUCGAGCUGACACAUUCUCUCUUUCCAUCCACAACGCCUUACCCGGGGACAGGGGCCUGUACCGCUGCUCAGCCACUGAGUGGCUUCACACCGGCUCUGAACCUGAGCUAAACUGGGAGAAGAGUGAAGAAAGAUCCGACACCAAGAUGGUCAAUGUCACAACUGUCGAGUCCUCCUUCUCGGUGUCGGCCUCAUCGCGGACACCAUCCAUAACCUUCGGAGACUCCUUCGAUCUCCUGUGCCUGGUCAAGCCCCGCCAUAACCCACGCGUCCCCACUUCCGUCACCUGGCACUUUAAGCCAGCUGGAACAGAAAUCGAUGGCGAGGCUGAGGGAGAGUUCAAAGAACUGGUGACUUUCACGCGCGAAGGCACGCUGCAGUGGGGGGAGCAACUGCUGGGAUUGGGCACCCGCACCACCGUGGACCGCUCCCACUCCCACACCAAUUUCUGGCUGUCUGUGACCCGGGCCGGGCGCCGUGAGGCGGGCAAAUAUCGUUGCACUGCAGUCCUGUGGAGGAGGAACUACGACAACAGCUGGAGCAGAGUGGCCAAUCGCACUUCCAACCCACUUGGCAUCAGUGUCCUACAGCCAGAGAGUAAGCUGAGAGUGCAAAAGAACAACCAGUCUCAGGUGUACCUGGAAGACAGCCGUGUCAGGAUCAAUUGCUCCAUCACCUCCCAGACCAACCAGGACUCCCAGCAUACCGUGAUGUGGUACGUGAGACGAGCGACCGGGUCGGAGGCUGACGAGCUCCUGCUGAGGAUCGAACGCUCCGGGGCCUUCGAAUAUGGCGCCUACGCAGAUGAGGAGAGACUGAGACGGCGUGUGCAGGCUGAGAGGUUGUCACCCCGUCUGUAUGUGCUGACGCUGAACAGGGCUGAAAGCAGCGAUUCUGGCACGUACUACUGCUUGGUGGAAGAGUGGCUGAGUGACCCAGAUGGAGUCUGGUAUCGACUCUCCCGGGAUUCCUCAGGGUUCACGCAGGUUCUGGUCAGAAAACCAGAGGUUCGCUUGCAGGUCGAAGAACUGGAGUCAAACAUGACUGUGGAAGAGUCCGGUCCAAUCCGACUAGGCUGCAGCAUUCCCUCGCAGUCGUCCCGAAACUCCCGCUUCUCCGUGUCCUGGUAUGUAGAGCGCCCUAAAAACGACAACAAUGAGGAUCAGCCAGGGGAAGAAGAAGGAGACCGGGAGUGCGUGUUCUCCAUUGGACAUGAUGCCGUUUUUGGAAAUGGAAACUGCAGCCCCAUAGAGGAACCCGGGCCAAAUUCUCGCUUGCAGUUUGAGAGGAUGGCCUCUGAUCAGUACAGCCUGACCAUUCAAGGAGCCCGGCCGACAGACGGAGGCCGAUACUACUGCCACGUCGAAGAGUGGCUGCUCAACCCCCGCAACGUAUGGUACCGCCUGGCCACCAACAAUUCUGGGUACACUAUUGUCAAUGUAUUACAACAAGUGUCCACCGUCCAGUCAGUGGUGUGCUCCAACAGCUCCCUCUUCUACUUUGUCUUUUUUUAUCCUUUCCCCAUUUUUGGCAUCCUCCUCAUCGCCCUGCUGCUAGUGCGCUACAAGAGCCGCAACAACAGCAAGAGCCAAGAAGGCAAGAACGGCGCCCCCCUACUGUGGAUUAAAGAACCUCACCUCAGUUACUCUCCCACCUGCCUGGACCCGCCAGCUCUCAGCCUGCACCCCGGCUCGGUCGACUAAGCAAGGGUCCUGCCCGACUGCCUCGCUUAAAUCGUGGAUUUAGCCUACACUAUGCCAGGGAGCAGAUCUGGACUCCACCUUCAGACCUUACUGUCGUUCACUGCUGUGUUGAAUUAGUCAAUCAGUUGAUCAGUUUGAAAAUUCACACCCUGGUGGCUGUCUGUUUUAUGUUAAAAAAGUGUGUGUGUGUGUGGAUGAGGUUGUGUCUAGUGUGUAAGCACAAUUAACUGUGCACGUGCAAAGUGUGGGAAAGGAAAUAUCACGAGGCUCUCUCAUUUUCUUUUUGUUUUGUCUUUUUUUUGUGAAUCUUAAUUUCUUAGUUGCAUUUUUCUUACUCUGAAUAUUCGUCUAUUUUUCGAAAGAGUGCGGGGAGGAAAAAAACUGUGCACAUGAGAUCACGGGCCAAUCUAGGAAGAACAUUUAAGAGAAGGAACUCUAUAAUCAACUCUGGCAUUAAGAGUAUGCCAAAAAAAAAAAAAAGUCUCCGCACUGAUCCAGGAGCAGCUACAGCCUUGCCCACUAUGCUGGUUGCCAUAGUGAUGCUCUGCGCCCACUGACUUCGUAGCUGCCGACUUGGUUGCCAGGCUGCAUAGAGACAAAGGCUAGGACACACAAGUCUGUGUCCUAAGUGAGGAUGUGUGUAUGUGUGUUGGCCCACCUGCCUUCACAAUGAGUUUAGCUUGGCAGACAGAAACAGGUCCUGGUGUGCCACUUAAACACUGCCAGACACUCUGGCCUUAGUGGGAGACUGUCCCACUCUUAUUCUCCCAGAAAAGAAACUGCAAGCGAAAGAGUGGGAGAUGGGGAAAUUAUGGAAAAUAAAUGAACAGCUCCCUCCUGCUGAGGAUAUAUGUACUUUAACACAAGUGAUUUCUUUUCAGUGCCAAGUCCUCCUUAUUUCCUCAACAGCUACUCUUUGAAAUUUUAAAGAGGGGGGGUGGGGGGUGGUUCAGAGGCAGAUUGUAAAUACGUCUUCUUACCUCCUGCUGUGGAUUUAUGGGACUUGUUGGCAAAAACAAAACAAAAAAAAUGUACUUAUGUUGAAUCAGUUGAAUUGUCCUGGUUGAAUUCCACAGUCUUCAUUUCCUGACUGAAAUUGAAUUCUUGCACAUUUCUUUCAAUUCCCCCGUACGACCACUAAGUCCUACAUCUUUAAAAGAUAUCAGAUGCAUAUUUUUUUUUAAAGGAUUUGUAUAGCGCCACACUGAAGAUUAAAAAUGUGUAGAUGUAUCAUAAACCACUAAACACAUUAUCUGCACAUCAGAAGACCAGUUUAUGAUGACAAAUGUUUGACUUUUGUGAUUAUUCUAAGGUUUUUUUUUCUAUUUAUUGUUUUAUACUGUUUUGCAUAGCUUUGUAAGAUUUUCUUUUUUGCUUUGAAUUUCAAAAAAGAAAAAAACUGCUUCUGCUUGUGUUGCCAGGCAACUGCACCAAGCACAUAUGUCAAUAGCCUGUGUGUUGACAAUGUGGUAGAAGUAGAAAUGCUAGAUUUGUCCUGCGCAUUGCAGUCUGUAGCAUUUCAUACCAGGUUGUCAAGUUCGGUCAGUGUCAAAACACUGUAUAUCUAUUACUAUAAUGAAAUUUACUGUGGCUUUAAAUGUACAAUAGUUGACCAGGCAAGUCACAAAAAUAGAUUCACGUAAAUGCUUUUUCUAUUUUUUUUUUCUUUCUUUCGUUUUUUUGUUGCUCGAGUCGCAUUUAUUUAGUGAAGUGUGAUGUAACACCUUAGGUAGGAUGUUUGGUCAAAGACAGCCGAACUGUUUAAAAUGUCUUCUAAUCAAGGAUUCUGGCUGAAGGCAUCCUCUUCAGCUCCCCUGACGCAAGGGAGAAGGAUUGAAAACCUCUGUUGCCUUCUCUGGAGUGCCAGGGGAGGUGUGAAAUCCUCUAUCCAACGUGGGCCUGACGCCCAUUCACUGCCAGACUGGACAUGAGAACUCUUGAGAAACGUGACAUUAUUGUCGUCUCAGUCGUGUCAAACGUGUAUAUUGCAUGACAAUAUUGCAGGAGGAAAUUUGAUGUUUUGUAAACUUCGAACUCUCUGUGAAUUGUGUUCGUGUGACAGAGCCCAGCCCAGCCCCUCCCCCGUCCCCGCCCCCGCCCCACCCCAAACUUCCUGAGCCAAGAGUGAAUACGAAGCCCCGGCCCCAGUCAUCAUUUACGAUAUCUGACUGCCAAUUCUACAUGCCCUUUGAGCCUGUGAAGUAGACCAUUUCAAGAAUGGAUGUUGUGGAGACUGUGUUUGAUAUUAUUGCUCCUAUUGGUCUUUUUAAUGCUUUGCUUUUAUGCAGCAUUUCAUUAAACAUAUUUAUGUCAAAAAAACAACAAAAAAAGAAGCUACAAGUAUGUUUCCUAUACUGUGACACAAGCUACACAGCUUCCUCGUUCUUUUAAUUUUCUCCAAAUGAUCCUUUUCAAGUAAACAAUACCAUUUUAAUCUGAGUGAGGCUGGGUUUAGAAAUGUGAUGCAUGUGCAGCAAAUACAGCUACAACUAACCUGAUCAGUGUCAUAACAGAACCUGGAGCAUCAACUAGCCGUCCAUCCAUUAUUAUGCAUAUGCCAACACGAUUGGAUAAACACAUUUUUGCGUGUCAUAUCCGAUCCCGGGUCAGGUGCAAAGUGCUCGGGGGGGGGAAAAAGUGGGACAGUGGAAACGAGACAAGUAGUACCAGCUCAAAGGCCAGCAAUAUAACGAGGCAACAUUUAGAUUUUUGAAACUAAGCAAAUUCUACAUGCAUAAAACUGUCCUGUUUUGUAUACAUAGCGAAUGACUUCAGUGAAAGAUUUUUUCCCCCUUUUUUGCAUUAUGAUUUCUCAAUGGUCCUAAUUUUCUAAGUAUUCUCUCACAUGAGCUUGCCUAACGAAGACCUCGGUGGUCAAAAUACUGCCUUAUUAUUUUUGUGUUUGUUUACGACUACAUCUCUUGACAAGAUUAAAAAAAAAGUCACAACAGGAAGGAAGUCAGUGACAUAAAUAACUGGUGUGGUUUGACAAAAAUGGUUUCCACUUCUUAUGGGCUUGUUACCAUCAGCGCUAAAUCGAAAGCUAAGAAGGAAAAAACAAAGUCUACAUGAACUCAUUUGUUGGUUGAGUGAUCGCCUUUUAUGAAUCUCAGACAUUUCCAGGGAUGCUGGAUGGGUAAAUGGUGCCCACAGAACAGCUGCUUCGGCUUUAAUGUGUAAAUCCCACAAUCUGAGACUUAAUUCAUGCAACAUUAAUUGUAUCUUUCUAGACUUUAGCCAGGAAGUGGAGAAUGCGGUUGUGGUUUUUCAUGUCACGUUGCUCACUACCAUCAAUAGCGCUGUACAGUCAGUCUCUAGUGUUUCUGUGGUAAUAAUACCACCCAUAGCUGCCUCCCAAGAUUUCUCCACACAUUCUGACAGUCUUGUAGCUGUGUUUUGAGGGCUGCAUGUUCUGGCUGUGUGCUGGCUCCGGAUUUAGGUGUAAAACAGUGUGUGUUGAUGUGUUCAGUGAUGAUUUAUUUUCACUGAUGUAUUUUUAUAUGACCAUGGUUAAUUUAUUUUAUCCUUAUGUUAUUCUAUUGAAUAGUUACCAUUGUGACCAUUGAAGAGACACUUAGCUAUUGUCAGUUUAUUGCAAUAAAAAUACAUUGAUUGCCUCUUCCUGUUUUGCUUCCAACCAUAUACAUUUUGCAGUGUUUGGAGAUGUGUCAUUAAACUGAUAUAUCUAUCAGUUCUUUUCACAACAGCCACAACUUACUGAACUGCUUUCUACACCCUUGCAAAACAUCUACAUUUGCUUUAAAUGAUACUAGCUCUACAGGAGGCAUGGUUUUUGUGUAGUUGGUGUAAGGUUUUGAUUUUUGCCAGGCAAGAGUUACUGUAUUCUGUAUGUUCUGUGUUUAUUUUAUGAAUGUUUAUUUAUUCAUUUCAGUUUGUGAGUAAAAGGAAUUUAAUCAGCAUGUUAAAGUAUAUAUCUACUGUAGAUUGAUAUGUUUUUGGACACUUUUUUUGUAGUUUCACAUCUGUACACUAUUACAGUGGAUUUUAACCAAACAAUCAAGAUGGAAGUGAAGUGCAGACUUUCAGCUUUAAAUCAACUGAUUUGUCAAAUGCACAGCAUUAACUGUUUAGGAAUUACAGCCAGUUUUAUACAAAAGUCCUAUAUUGUCAGAUGCUCAAAAAUAAGUGGACAAUUGACAGGCUAUUUCAUGACCUGUUCAAUCGUUUUUAAAUUCUAAUAUAUGCAAGGUGUGAGGUCCAUAAAGAUGUAGAUAUAAGUGGAGGAUGAGGAAAAAAACAAACCUAACACUGUUGUCAAAAUCUACAGUCAAGAGAUGCUUUCCUGAAUGGAAAUACAGAUUUUACAACAAUGUGGAAACCACUGACAAAAAGAUUAACUUGUACCAGAAUGAUGAGAAGAGAAAAGUGUGGAGGAGAGAAACUGCUCAUGGUCUGAAUCCACAUUAAAUCAAACAUAGUGGAGGCAGUGUUUUGGCCUGGGCAUGUAUGACUGCCAAUACCAGUGAAAGUGAUGGGAUGAAUUCUGAAGUUUACAGCUCUUUGCUCAUAUUCAGCUGCAAAGCUGAUUUUAAAAAGUGCUUCACAGUGCAAAAUGAUAAUGACCUAAAGCAUGCUGCAAAACAACCCAAGAAUUUAUCAAGUAAAAAAAUGUGAUGUUCUUCAAUAGCCAAAUCAGUCACCUGAUCUAAACCCAACAGAGGAUGACUUUCAAUUACUGAAGACAGAACUAAAGGCAGAAAGAUGAGCACCUACCGAAAGUGGAUGCAGUAAAGAUCUAGCAAAGCAUCUUAAGGAGUAAACAUGGGAUUGGUUGAUGUCCACGGGUUCUAGGCUUCAAAAGGAUUGUAUACUUUUGUUUGUUCUAUACUUGAAUUAAAGCUGAAACUCUGCACUCCAAUCACAUUUAUAGUAAAAACGUGUUGUGGUGGUGUACGGAGGCAAAAUUACAAAGCUUGUAUCAUAACUGUAAGUUAUUCUUGGAGAUCCUCACGCAAAUUAACCAGCAACUUAAAAAAAAAACCCAUUUCUGCACUUACAUAACUCCAACACAGGUGGAAUUUCUCACUCUUUUACCAUCACUCCCUCAAACACUGCAGCAGUAAACUGUCUUCAGUCAGUCGAUGCCAUUUGUUAUUCUCUCUCACUUUCUCACAAAUUCAUAUUUACCUAUUAUAAUGCACAAGAAUACCCAGUGAUGCCAAGAAUAAAUUCUGAAAUUCUUUCCAUAAAGCAUGGCCACAGAAAAAGAAUUCACUGUGAGGGGAAAAAAAAUUGUGGUUUGGUUUUCAUCUGGUUUGUUAUUCAUGCAGAUUCCCAACUUGCCUGAAAGGGAGGCCACCGUUAAAGAUCUGUUGAUGUAGAUAGCUAGCACACAGUUAACACGUUGUUGAUUGUUGGGGUUUUUUUGUUUUUUUCUGGCAAGCUGUGUCGCAACUUCACAGGAUGCAAAACACCAAUUGUCCCCUUUUGAGCACUAUUUCCCUGUCCCAGUUCCUUCAGGAUUUCUCUGCUGUCUGUCUCCAUUUUCUCAAGCAUACCCUCUAUGAGGAAAGAUGUGUUUUGCAUACAAGUUACCAAUAAUCACAAAUCCAUAGUUCUUGCAGAGAAUCUAGACACCUAAGGGCACACUUGGGCAGACAGUACUUAACGAUCCAGAGCAGCAGGGCAGUAGUCGGGCAAAUAUAUUAUGAUUUAUUACCAAUAGAAGAGAGAAAGUGCUGGAGAGAAUGCAAAGAAAGGACAUUUUCUCUUCUGCUUGCACUAUGGUGAGCUUGGAUGCAUAAAAAACAAGGACAGGGAUAAAAAUGUUUGAAGAUGGAUACAGAUCAUGUGUGAAUUUCUGCAGGGAAUAUUCGCCUGUGUGCAAAAACAUGUUAGCUUAAUCACGGAGCUUAGUAUCUGCUACAGACAGGUUGUUCGGUUCUUAGAGAAGAGACAUGAGGGAGGCAGAGCUACAAAAUUAACACCCUGUAAAGGGUGAUUGGUAGAGGAGGACUGUGUACAGCUUGUUGCACUCACUGUUGUAUGAUACCACAUUGCUUUGUGUAGUAUGACUCACUCGGUGAUAUAAGGGUGAAUCAGAAAGAACAGGCAUGAAAUGUUAAUCUGCAUACAGUAACAUUUACUUCUCGAGAUGAUACAUUAGCGUGGAUGAUGGACAAGAGGAGGUAAAAGUAGAAAACAGAUGUGCCACCUGUACUCUUGAAAAUUGCACUGUAAUUUGCUAUUGAUGCCUCAGCAGCAGUCUUUAAUCUGUGAUCUGUGUAAAAGCUGCUUGAGAAAAGAAUCAAUAGCUCCAUUCAAGACGUGUUUGUAAAGGUUGUCCGUUGGGGGGAAAAAGGUCAAGAGAUUAUCAUGGACACUUACAGGCAAAUGAUGUAAUGCAGCUUAGAAAAAACAAGACACCUCUACUGACAAACCAACAACAAAAACCCCGAUGGCCCCAGAUCAUUCAUUAUAGAUAUAAAACAUUCAAACACACUCUGAAAUAUUCUCAUCUUAUUCAUAAUUGAUACACACAAAAUGAGUGUACUUCCACUGGUUCGGCUAAGAUGAAGUAAACUGGUGCUAAGGUUGCUGCAACAUUCGCUUGGGACCCCAGCAUUUAGUCUCUCAAUUCUCAGAGGAAGCCGGGAGAUUCAGAUGCAGACCUAAUUAAGAUGAGCUUUUAAAGCCUGAUGGAUGGAAUUGCCUUGCAAAAUAUUUGGUUUUUGUG